AACUGUUAUUGUGUCAGUAUUCAGAACACUGUUCUGGUGAUAGCAGUAUUCCAAACUCCUUAACAAACCAUUUAUUUAUUUAUUAAUUGAAUAUUAUAAUCACCAUGUCUCAGCCUCUAAAAGUAUGGUCCAAAUUCUCAGUCACCAAAAAAGAUGGCAGUGUUCUCAAUUUACGUAUUGUGGAUAACCCAGAAGAUCCGAAGGUGAUAGAAAAAGUAAUGGAUUGCUUUCACAAUUAUUUUGUAAAAGAAGAGUGCACAUUCAAAGCAGCAGGCGUUCCAGAAAGUGAAGAAGCAAUGCAAGAAAUAAGGGGAGCCUUUAACUAUUUGGUCAGCAAUGAAAAACCAGUGUUAAGCGUUUGUUGCUUGGACAACGGAGACGACCAGAUCAAGGAGGUGAUGGGAGCAUCACUAAUGAUGUACAUGACAAGGGAAGAGGCAGAAAAGAAGUUAAAGUUCAAGACAAAAGCAAUGCAGAAACUUAUUCAGAUGGCAGAAGAUCUAGCAGAGAUUUACAAUGAUAUGAGGGCAUUCAAUUUAGAUCCUUACCUUCUUGACAGAGGGAUUGUUGUAUGCCCCGAGUACAGAGGCCUCGGAAUUGCACAGGAGCUUCUUAAAGUCAGACGGCUUAUUAGCAAGGAGUACGGCAUACCCAUUAACGGCGCCUGGAUGACGUCAUACGGUACACAGAAGGCAGCGGAGCGUGAUGGCUGGGAGACUGUCUGCGAGCUCCAGUAUGAAGACUUGGAGAAGAAGUUCAACGUCACCUACGGAAGACAUCCACCUUCCACGAAGUUCAUGAUCGCUAGAAUACCACUUUAAACGUUUUAAUUUUCAUUGAUCUAUUUUAUAAACAAAAUCAUUAAAAUAAUGUUAAAUAAAUAGGCUGUAGUAUUAUGUUAUGUUAUGUAUGAAAUAUAGUAAACGGUUAUCUAACAAG